GCUAUUCCUGCAAUGAAUUGAAGACGACGAGAGAGGUGGAGGAGACGACGACGACGACGAAGAAGAAGAAGUGCUGUGGAUGCUACAAAAAAGUUCGCAUUCAAAGCUUCGAGUAAUGGCAGUUCAUUCCCGACGCACCUGUAACUUUCCAUUCCUGAAUGGAGGCGAGCGAGAUAGGAAGGUGAUGGACUUGCCUCGAGCUGCUACUGGAUUUGCUGAUCCUUCUGCGUUGUUGCUCGUCGAUGGAGAAGCAGCGACAAAUCCGAGGAAGAGAGGUGCAGAGAGCAUCGCCGACCCAGCAGUGCCGCUGCCGCGGCCGCAGAACGGCUCCGUUGAUCUCUCAUCCCUGCAUCUACACCACAGUUCAACCCCGUUUUCGCCUCCGGUGAUCGUGAGUCUCGCACAGUUACAGAGCCACCCGCCUCCGGUUGUGUCCACCGGCCUCCGCCUCGCCUUGGAAGAACAAUACCAACAGCAAAACCAGAACAUGUCCAACCCGCUUCUCUGCUCUUCCUCUUCCUUCCUAAGUUGCCGAAUCGACCAACAGAAGCAAGAAAUCGAGGAAUUACUUCGUGUCCAGGGCGAGCAAUUGCAGAUCGGGCUGGCCGAGAGGCAUCGGAGGCACUACCGUUCUUUACUACGCGCCGCAAGAGCAACCGUCGCGAAGCGGAUCCGGGAGAAAGAGGCGGAGGUGGAGCUGGCAGCGCAGCGGACCGCCGAGCUCCAGAACCGCCUCGUCCGCCUCCGAAGCGAAUCGAUCGCGUGGCAGGCCAAGGCGAUGGCCGACCAGGCGACGGCGGUUUCACUCCACGCGCAACUCCAGCAGACCUUGGCGGCGGCCGCGGCGCUGUCCCAGGCGCGGAGUGGAGACACGCCGCAGGCGGAGGAUGCGGAGUCAGCCAUUGUUGACCCGAACCGAGUCGACCAGGCGCGAACAUGCCGCUCCUGCCGUGGGCAGCCUGCUACGAUGGUGCUCCUCCCCUGCCGCCACCUCAGUCUCUGCGACGCCUGCGACGGCGCCGCCGGGGCCUGCCCGAUCUGCCAGUGCAACAAAACCCGCAGCGUUCGCGUCUUCCUCGCCUGAUGCCUCCAAUCCCAACCGUCCAGAUCUGUUGAUAAAUUUUAUUUUUUUCAAAAAAAUAUAUAAAAAAGAUAUAAAAUUUGUAAUUAGUUUUAAAAUAAAAGAAAAAACGAACUCAUUUAAAUUUGUGU